AUGUUGCGGACGGCGCAUCGAGCGAUACGCCCUCAGGCUUCAUCAAGCUAUCUUUUUCGCCAAUGUCGAGCCAUACAGAUCAGCGCCGCGCCGACGAGUGAGGCCCCUCGUGUUGGUGGCGAUGCUUUCGGUUCAUCAAGAGAUGCUGCUGAUGCUCGGUUUGAGGUCCUUGGCUCUCCAUACUCGCUUUUAUCAGUAACACUCUCGGCAUCUCAAAAGCUUUACACGAGGAGGGGCACACUCGUAGCUGUUGCCGGCAAGCCUGAAAAUGCCCAAUCUACACUAUCAGUCCUGAACCCUCUGGGCCGAGCGCCAUUCGGUGUUCCCUUCCUCUACCAACGCAUCACAGCUUCCUCACCCAUUACCGCCCUAAUUUCGACGAAGAGCCCGACGACCACCUUUACUGUUCUGCACCUUGAUGGCACAACCGAUUGGAUGAUUUCACAACGAAAUGCAUUGUUGGCUUGGACGGGACAUACGCUCAGCCUAUCCUCGCGGAUUCAGCAGGGACUUUCACUUGCGAACUGGGGCAGCACACAUGUAACCGGCAGGGGACUGGCAGCACUCUCAGCACCGGGUCAGAUCUACCAGCUGACUCUGGACGAAGGCGAGGAAUUCGUCGCCCAUCCAGGCAGCGUAGUUGCAUACUCUAUUUCACGAACCCCCCCACGACCAUUCCGGUUCAAGAGUUCGAGCUUUAGCUUGCAAAUCCCCUCGCUGAGUAAUUGGUUCGUCGAUUUGGAAUAUGUGAAGAAAGUGCGCGAGACAAGCGCAUACCAGUACAUCUCGCGUGUGCUCUUCAGUCUGCGAACCAUGCUGCGGAGGACGAUCUGGGGUGAUCGGCUAUUCCUGCAAUUCAAGGGACCAAGCACGAUUUUCCUGUCCAGCCGUGGUGUCCGUGUUUCCGACGUCUUGACGAACCGGGAUGUGAAUGAAAUCGCAGAUGCACCGGCAGGCGAUGUUUCCAAGGUUGUUCAACUGGCAAGCAAGGCCAAGCUACCACCUGUUCAAGCCACUGAGGCACCCAAGACCGAGCAGGCCCCCAGUGCCAUUCAUGUGGCUAUUGUUCAAAAAGACGGAAAGGUUACGUUUGAGGACAAGAAGGAUCUAAAAGAAUUUGUGCAAUAG